UCUUUGAAGCCCUUAUCACAAGCUCAGGCUUUGAGACACUGAUAAUUGUGGAAACCUGAACUAAAAUAACCUGUGACUGACAACGUGACAGCAACACCAAAAGAUUCUCCAGUAUAUAGUCUUGGACGUGACGCACUGAUUGGAAUCUGCUUGUUCACAGAUCAAAAAGGAACAGAAAGUUUCCCUUGUUUAACAACCAGACGCAGCAUCCUAUCAUCUGCUUAAACAGGCCAAGCGGUGAAGGCAAGGAACCAUGGCGGAGGAUAGGAAAGAUGAAGCCAAGGCACCGCACUGGACUUCGGGUCAGCUAACAGAGGCUUCUUCGCACCCACAUUCACCUGAAAUUAAGGAACAGGGCGGCGCAGGUGCCGGACUGGUCAGAAGUGCCAAUGGAUUUCCCUACCAAGAGGAUGAGGAGCCGGGGCUGGGCGGCCAUGAGCAGCCAGGGACGUACACUCGGACCAAAGAGAAUGGGAUCAAUGGAGAGCUGUCAGCAGCAGACAGGGAGACCGCAGAAGAAGUGUCUGCGAGGAUAGUACAAGUAGUAACAGCUGAAGCUGUAGCAGUCCUGAAAGGCGAACAGGAAAAAGAAGCCCAGCACAAAGAUCAGCCUGGACCACUACCUUUAGCAGUUGAAGAGUCAGCCAACCUGCCUCCUUCCCCGCCUCCGUCGCCAGCUUCUGAGCAGACUGGAGCUCUGGAGGAAGAUUUACUUGCAGCCACGAAGAUGGAAUUCCGUGUCCAGGAGGGCGCACGCCCUUUCGCAGCAGAACCAUUAGACACAAAGCAACGUGAGUCUGGGAAAGACAGUAAGACUGGUGAGCAACCUAAACAUGAUGCCUUAGUUCCACAGCCAGCAAAAACAGAGGCUAUAGACAAAAAGGAUUCACAGAGCAAAGACAAAGAAAAAAUGCCUUCACCUCUAUCAGAACAGAUCUUGGAAACUGAUUCACAAAAGAAAGGGGAAGCCAGUUUUGCAGAACCUGCUGCCAAGCCUCCUGCUUCUCAAGAACAAAAGGACUUGUCAUCUGAACUGCCUAAAGGGAGCAAAACAGAAGAAAGGACUGCAGAUGUGCCCUCAUCAUCCAACCAAGUUAUAUCUAUGAAAUUUAAAGAUGACCUGAAAGAUGUGCAAGAUCUUGCCAUCAGCCAUGGUGAAAGUUCUCUAUUGCUAUCAGAACCCAAGGCAGAAGCAGCCAAAAGUGAACUUCCUUCAGGCCCAUCUCCUGCUGUCCCCCAGGAGCUUCCACUCAAAGACAGUUCCAAAACAAAACAGGAACCCACUGACCAGCUGUUUGCCAAAGACAUCACUAAAGAUGAACAGAUCCACAGAGACAGGACACUAGCUCUGCAGGAAGUCUCAGGAGUAACUGUAGAUGGCCUGAAAACGCCAAGCACCCAGAAAGUCCCUGCGUGGCAGGAAGAAAAGGACAUGACCAAGGAUGAGAGUGAUGAGGAAGAAAGGUAUGAUUUCUAUGAUAAAGGGGAGGCUCGAAUAUUGGAUGAUGGUAAAUUUACCACAAAACCUGAAGUUAAGGCACUUUCCCUAGACAAAGCAGACUUUCAAAAGGAUGGUGAAGCUAAAAAGUCACCUGAUAUUCUCAAAGCAGAAAAAGAAAUGGACCAAAGUGGGCUCCCAGCAACAGUAGACACGAAAAAGGAGGUGCAGCCAAGCACACAGGUACCCCCAGCCAAGUUAAGCCAUGAACUGACACUUGAGAAAACAGUAGAGCACUCUGAUACCACUCAGUUAUCCAGAAUAACAGAGAAAGCCCCUGAGGCACCAAGUUUAACCAUGGACAAGACUCCUACUCUAGAAGCUUCUCAAGAGAAAGAUGUUAAAAAAGAUACCAAGGAGGAUAAGACAAGUGUUUCAGCUCCUCAUCAAAUGAAAGAGGAGGAAGAUCGAUCGGGAAUGUCGAAGUACUUUGAAACCUCAGCUCUGAAAGAGGAAGCCUUCAAAGCAGACGCUCUGAAACAAGGCAGUGAUUACUAUGAGCUAAGUGACACUAAAGAGAGUGUGUAUGAGCCUUAUCAGACAGAUCAUCUAAUACCUGAAGACAAAGAGGAAGAGGAGGAAGAAUUACAGACAGAACUAGAUCAGCAGCAGAGUGUGCCUGCUCAUGAGAUAGGGUACAGUACCCUGGCUCAGAGCUUUACACCAGACAAAUCUGAAGAACCAAGUUCCCCGACAGAAAGAAUGUUCACUAUUGACCCCAAAGUCUAUGGCGAUAAGAGAGAACUCCACAGUAAGAAUAAAGAUGACUUAACUCUGAGCAGGAGCUUGGGACUUGGUGGGAGAUCUGCAAUUGAACAGAGAAGUAUGUCUAUUAACUUGCCCAUGUCCUGCCUGGAUUCAAUAGCUCUAGGAUUUAGCUUUGGUCGUGCACAUGAUCUUUCUCCCCUCGCUUCGGAUAUUCUAACUAACACCAGUGGAAGUAUGGAUGAAGGUGAUGACUACUUGCCAGCAACCACACCAGCACUGGAGAAGGCCCCCUGCUUCCCCAUUGAUAGUAGAGAGGAAGAUGAGCACAUUGAAGAAGAAAAAGCAAUGGCAGAAGAAAAAGUCCAGCCUGAGACCUUGGCCGAAUCACCUUUCCUGGCCAAAGAUUAUUACAAAAAUGGGGCUGUCCUGGCUCCUGACCUGCCUGAAAUGUUAGACUUAGCAGGGACAAGAUCUAGAUUAGCGUCCGUGAGUGCAGAUGCUGAGGUGGCGCAAAAGAAGUCAGUUCCUUCUGACACUGCUGUGGAAGACAGCAGCACAGCCCUGCCACCUGUGACAGAUGAAAACCACGUAACGCUAAAAGCUGAAAGUCAGCUAGAAGACUUGGGCUACUGUGUUUUCAAUAAGUACACAGUCCCACUCCCUUCUCCAGUUCAGGACAGUGAGAAUUUAACGAGCGAAACCUGUCCCUUUUACGAAGGCACAGAUGAAAAACUGAGACGUGGCUUAGCUCCCGACCUGUCUUUAAUAGAAGUGAAGCUGGCAGCAGCUGAAAAAUCAAAAGAAGAAUUCCUCAGUGAAAAAGACUUAGGUCAGCAUGCCACUGGUGAGUCCAUUCUGGCGAGGGACUUUGAGCAGGAGAAAAAAGAGAAGCUGGAUACUGUGCUAGAAAAAAGUGAAGAUCAAGCUGACUCUAAAGAGGUCUAUCCCAUUAAAGGUGCAGAGCCAGAGAAGACAAGACCUGAGGCAAUCUUAGAAAUCAAAGAAGAAAUUGUGGCUGAUAAAGUUCAUGUAACUGAUGAUACCAUGUAUGACAGAAUAUCAGCUUCAGAGGUAGCAAUAGAAAAGGAUGCUGUUUCUUUGUUGAUGGAGAAGGAGGAGAAGACGCUUAGUGUUGUUCCUGAAAUAGCUGAGAUAGAAGCUCCAAUUAAACCAGAUUACAAUGCUAUAAAGCACGAUUUGGAAGUGGCUGCAAGGAGGGCUGACCAAGAAUAUCAGAGUCAGUUAGAUAGUAAGAUCAGUGAGGUUGUUUCUCUCCCUUCAGGGAAGGACAAAGCCUCUGUUAAAAGAGCAGAGCCUGAACCCAAAGACACUCAACAGAAAGAUCAGACCAUCUUGUCCAGAGAAGCAAAGGAUGCAGAUGUACUUUCCAAGACCGAGCCUAGUUAUGUGAAGGACAGCACCAAACUGUCGGAAACAGAAAUUAAGGAAAAAGUAACUAAGCCCGAUCUGGUACAUCAAGAGGCAGUUGAUAAAGAGGAAUCUUAUGAAUCUAGUGGAGAACAUGAUCAAGCCCAAGAAGGUUUGAAUGGAGAAUCCUUGAAACCAGAAGAUGUCAAAGCAGAACCUCCAAAACCUCCCGUGUCUGGGGAAGAGACGCCUGCACAGUUACCAGCAAAGGAGCCUUCUGUGGAGCUCCUUCCAAAAGCUGAGCCUCUCCAGGAAGAGCCUGCUGAGAUUCAGAUGGAGAGCAUACCACAGCCUGCAGAAGGAACUGAAAAGAUUCCUGAUACAGCUGUGAAACCUAUGGAAAUGCAAAAGCUGCUGCCAUGUGAAGUGACAGCUGGGGCCACAAAAGGGGAAGAACAUGAGGAAGAAGAGGUAGAAGUAGGGCAAGAAGAAAAAGAAGAGGAUAAACAGCAUCUUAUAUCAGAAAUGCCCCCAGAAAUAGACUUUGGGAAACCUACUGCUGAAGAAAUGCUAGCCAAGGGUAGCCCAGAAGCAGUGCCUGAACUGAAAGGCAUUAUUGAAUCAGUGGUGACAGUAGAGGAUGACUUUAUCACAGUGGUGCAGACAACAGUUGAUGAGGGUGAAUCUGCUUCUCACAGUGUGCGCUUUGCUGCUACUCAGCAGGAAGACAUCGAAACAGGGGACUCCCAGGCUGAAGAGGAGCUGGAGGUUGAGGAAGUGGCUGACAUUCAAGUUGAGCCCAAGGAGGGCUCCCCAGAAGCUCCUGCUUCACCCCAGAGAGAAGAAAUCCUGCUCACCGACUACAAGACAGAGACGUGUGAUGAUUACAAAGAUGAAACAACAAUUGAUGACUCCAUCAUGGACACAGACAGUCUCUGGGCAGAUACUCAAGAUGAUGAUAGGAGCAUCAUGACUGAACAGUUAGAGACUGUUCCUAAAGAGGAGAAGGCAGAGAGAGAAUUGCGAAGAUCAUCUCUUGAUAAGCAUAAAAAAGAGAAACCUUUUAAAACUGGGAGAGGCAGGAUUUCUACUCCUGAAAGGAAAAUAGCUAAAAAGGAACCUAGCACACUCUCCAGAGAUGAAGUGAGAAGGAAAAAAGCAGUGUAUAAGAAAGCUGAACUUGCUAAAAAAACUGAAGUUCAGGCCCACUCUCCCUCCAGGAAAAUCAUUUUAAAACCUGCUAUCAAAUAUACUAGACCAACUCAUCUCUCCUGUGUUAAACGGAAGCAGACAGCAGCAGGUGGUGAAACAAACCAGGCUCCUGGUGUAUUUAAACAAGCAAAGGAAAAACUCUCAACUGCCUCUUUGUCAAAGAUUCCUGCCUCAAAGUCUAGAGCAAAGUCAUUGCUUCCUCCAAGACCCAGCUCAGCUUGCUCAUUAACUACUAAAAGGGCCACUUUUCUCGAUACAGACAGUUAUUAUGUACGGCCCUCCUCAGCAGGCCCAAGAGACUGCUUGCCCUACUCAAAAUCAGAUGCUAAGGAUGGAGUAAGCAAGAGUCCCGAAAAGCGUUCCUCUCUACCAAGACCUUCCUCUAUCCUUCCUCCUCGAAGAGGUGUAUCAGGAGACCGAGACAGAGAGGAGAACUCUCUCUCCCUCACAGCUUCUCUUUCCUCUUCAGUUCGACGGACCACCCGAUCAGAGCCCAUUCGUAGCAGAACAGGAAAAAGUGGAACUUCUACCCCCACUACUCCUGGCUCCACUGCCAUCACUCCAGGGACACCACCAAGCUAUGCCUCCCGUACCCCAGGCACUCCAGGGACACCCAGCUACUCCAGAACCCCACACACUCCUGGGACCCCCAAAUCUGCCAUACUGGUACCUACUGAGAAAAAAGUUGCCAUAAUUCGCACUCCUCCUAAAUCUCCAGCCACUCCGAAGCAGCUACGAGUUAUUAAUCAGCCUCUACCUGACCUCAAGAACGUCAGGUCCAAAAUUGGAUCAACAGAUAACAUCAAAUACCAGCCUAAAGGGGGGCAGGUUAGGAUUUUAAACAAGAAGAUCGAUUUUAGCGAUAUUCAAUCCCGGUGUGGUUCCAGAGAUAACAUCAAACAUUCUGCAGGGGGAGGAAAUGUGCAAAUAGUAACCAAGAAGAUCGACUUGAGUCAUGUGACUUCCAAGUGUGGCUCGCUCAAGAAUAUCCACCACAAGCCAGGAGGUGGGCGUGUGAAAAUUGAGAGCGUGAAACUGGAUUUCAAAGAAAAAGCUCAGGCUAAAGUUGGUUCACUGGAAAAUGCCCACCACGUACCUGGCGGUGGUAAUGUCAAGAUUGACAGCCAGAAGCUAAACUUCAGAGAGCACGCUAAAGCCCGUGUCGAUCACGGGGCUGAGAUCAUCACGCAGUCACCAGGCAGGUCCAGCGUGGCUUCGCCACGCAGACUCAGCAAUGUCUCAUCCUCUGGAAGCAUCAACCUGCUUGAAUCACCUCAGCUUGCUACCCUCGCUGAAGAUGUCACAGCAGCCCUUGCUAAGCAGGGCUUAUGAAUUUGCUCAUUUCGCGUUGUAUGAAGUAAUAAUAUUUAGGCAUGAGCUCUUGGCAGGAAUGGGCUCAGAGCAGGUGUUACAUUCAUUCUUUACCAUGUCUAAAACUAAGUCACAUCCCAAGACUUGUAGUUACCAUACAGUUAAAAAAAACAGGAAAAAAAAAAUUAAAUAGAUGCAGGAAUUGGCCUGAUCUCCAUUUACAACAGGAAGACACUGGCUUUAUAUGGGUAUACAACUGCAGUAUGUUACAUUGGACAAUUAUUGUUGCUCUGCUCUGUCUUGCAUGGAGUACCGUACUAUGAUAAAAUGCAUUUUUACCUUUCAUGUGCCUGAAGGCCAUCCACCUCUUUCUGAAGAGCCUUGUUAAUAUCCCAAUUUGCUCAUUUCACUGUUCUGUUGAUAGAUGGGGAAAUAAAAAAAGAAAAGUUGCCCAUUGUAAGUUAUUACAGGUUAAAUUAACAGUCUGCUUACCAGAAGGAAGGGCAUAUAAAGAAAUUCAAGUUUAAUUAAAAAAAAAAUGUGUUAUUUUGUAUAAAUAAGUAGAACAAAAGUUGAAUUAAGUUAUUAACAUUUUUUUGGACCUGGUUAAUUAUGUCAGUGUAUAGCUGAAAAGCCAAUAAAUUAUUUAACUAAUAACUAAAAAUAGUAGUUGAAAACAUUUGAACCAUGCUUGGGGAAGUGACAUAAAAAAGCUGUUGAAAGCAAGCACUUCCACCCCAACGGACUUGUGUCUGAUUAGAAGGUUGGUUAAGCGGCUAGAUUUGUGUACGCACCACCGGUUUCACAUCCUUUCCAUCUGUUUGAUACAGUAUUAUAGAUAUAUAUAUUUCUCUGUGGCCAUUUGUGAUACGCCCUCCUCAUAUACUUGAAUAUUCUACUUCUUUAUUCACAGUAUCUGUGU